AUGAACAAAAAAGGCAUAAUAAGUUUACGGUUCAAUCAAGACCGAAGUGAGUACAAAAACGAUUUUUCUGUAAAACGUCUCUCUCUAGAUAGAAAUGGUCUUGUUCCUUUGUUUUAGCUUGUUUCGCCUGUUGUACAGAGACCGGCGUUAGGAUUUAUACUGUCAAUCCAGUGACAGAAAAAGAGCGCUUCGGUAAGUCAAAUAAUUUAUUAUCACAGUGGAAUACACUGACUUUGUUAUUAUUGAAAUUGUAUUUUCAUUGCUUAGAUUUCGGCGGCAUAUCACAAUGCGAGAUGAUCUUUCAAUCCAAUCUGAUAGCAGUAGUUGCUGGUGGACGUUAUCCAAAGUACUCUCACAACACUGUAUACAUUUAUGAUGCUAUAAAACCAAAAUUUGUGAUGGAAAUUAAUUGUUCUUCUGCUGUUAAGGCCGUGAGAAUGAGAAGAAAUAGGUAAGUAAUUCAAUUUAGAGCUAUAUUGAUAGUUUUUCCAUUGAAAAUUUUGUUAUUUUUCUAACUUAGGGUAAUUGUUGCAACUAUAAACCAAAUAGAUGUGUUUUCAUUUCCUGCUCCUAUACAGCACAUAAUCACUUUGGAAACUCGUCCAAAUCCAAUGGGUAUAUGUGAAGUAAGUCCUUCUGACAUCGCUGAAAAACAAAUUGUUGUAUAUCCUGGAAAUAAAAUCGGAAGCAUAAAUAUUAUGGUAAUAAAAUACAUACUAUAUUUAUUAUAUUUAAUUCGAUAGCUCACACCAGUCUGUAAUAGCAAUUACUUUUUUUUUUAUAAGAGUUUAAUUUGGUGCAAUGAUAAGGAUAUGCCCCUAUAAUGUGGUUAAGUACUUAUUUGUCUACAAUUGAUUUUAGUUUGAAAGGAAUAAGAAAGGAUGAAAGGAAUAAGGUAUUAUUUAGGAAAAUACAAAAUUAAUAAUAAUGUAUUAAUUGAUUAUGAAUAGUGUCUGAUGUGUAUUCUCAUAUGGCAAUAUUAAAAAAUUAUUUGGUGAUAUAUCAAUCUAGUAUUAAGAAAUAAAACAGAAAACCUCAUUUGUAAUAUCAAAAUAACAAGGUUGACUGAUCAAAUAUAAUUAAACUCAAAUAUAAAACGUUCCAAGCUUACAAUGGUGAGGAGAGGGAGUAGUUCCUACUAAAUAAUAACUACAUAACAAUUCACAUACAUAUAAUGCCUAUAAAUAGUUUAAAAAUCAGUCAAAUAUUUUUUCAAACCAUUAUUUCUGUAAACUUACCCGUUAUUUCUACAUAUAUUUCCGAUUUUGCUCAAUUAAUCAGAUAACUACACAGAAAAUCAAAAAAAAGACUCAAAAACAAGAUUAAAAAAGUCUAAUCGUUUUUCGAUUGGAGCAAUAUUUCUGGUAGAAAAAUGCUUAACAAUUUUAUAAUAAUGAAAUGGUACUCUGUUCAUUUUUUAUUUUUCGUCUCCUUCCGGUUUUCUCCAAUUAUUAUGAUAACUACUUAAAAAAUUAAAAUAACAUUUAUUUUCUUACCAACUAGUUCUAAAAUGCAACAUAAAAGGUUUCUCAACAUAUAAAACAUAAAAACCGAAUUCCGUUGAUUCGUUAGUUCACACAAAUUAUUUUUCGUUAGCAACAGUGUAUCAUUAUGUACAGAUAUAAAUUAAAUUCCUCUCUUUAUCCUACUUUCUCAACUUCUCAGAUACAACUGUGGUCCACCCAUCGUGCGAAGUAUGUCUGUCUUUUUGUUAUUUUAUUUUAUGUUAAAAUGUACUUUAAUGUUAAGAGCUUGUAAAAAUAUGUUUAAUUUUGCCAAGAAAGUGAUUUUUACAAUUUUGAAGAUGAACUGGUAGUAUUUAAUGUAUGUAUUCAGAAAAAUAAUAAACUACUUCAUACUAUUUCUACUACCAUUUUAUUUUAAAACAUACGGUUGAAGAAGUUUUUGAUGAAUUAUAACAAAUUUUACAAUUAAAUUUAAAAUUACAAGUUAAACUAUAUAAAAGACAAUAACUAAUAAAUUAUAAUUCAAAAAUUCUAUUUACCUAUGCAUGCGCAGAACAAUACAAUUUUACUACUGUUAAUCGUUUGUAAUAAUACCGGACUUACGCUUUACUAUCUGAAACAUUUACAGGCACUUUGACUAAAGAUUGUAAAAUUCGGCCUUUGCAUUUUUUGAUUUAAUCACUAUUUCUGGCAUUAAACAUAGUUUGUUAAAUUAAAAAUAAUGAAAUUGGUAACUUUGUGUCACGCGAGAUGUAAUAUAUUUUGUCUUUUUACUACCUAUAAAUCUGUUAUCAGUUAUUCCUAUUUAUUUUUAUACUCCUUGAAAAAUCAAAAAGAAUGACCUCUUUAAUGCACCAACUAGAUUAAAUUUCCUUUCAGUUCUAUACUUGAUACAUCAGAGCAAGUUUUUUUUUUCAAAAGUACACAGAUAGAAAAAAAAAACACAUAGUAAAACCAAUAGAUCCUCUGCUCCCCUUUGAAUUUAAAAUAGUGUAAGUAUUAUUAAUUUCUAACUGUACAAAGAUGAUAUUUGUCAAAACCGCCUCCUCAUUCUGAAAUGUUUUCUUAUGUUUGUCAAUGUAAGCUGAUCACUGGGACAAUUGUGAUGAAAGUUAAGUUAAGAAUAUGCAUAAAGAACAUUGAAAAACAUACAAAUUACAUUUUGUGAUAUCAGAUAAUAUGUUGUAUAAAUAUCAUAUUAUAAUAUAAUAGAAAACAGACCAUGUUGAGGGAAGAGUAUGGUUGUUAGGAGGUGGGGUAGUAUUAUUUAUAUAUUAUGAUCAGGAAAAAUUCUACUGUCAAAUAUUAAUACUAGUUAUCUUAAUUAAUUUUUUAAAUUCAUACCAGGUUCAAUGUUAAGGGAAUAUUCACACUGGAGUGACUAUUGAAUUAGUGGAUUGAUUUUAUAAAAAAUUAAUUCAAAAUGUUAUAUGAUUAUUUUUUUCAGGAUAUUUCUAAUACAGAUAUAUAUAGUUCUACGGCACCAGUAAUAUUAAAUGCUCAUCAGGGAGAGAUAUCUUGUUUAGCUCUUAAUCAACAAGGUACUUUAUUAGCAAGUGCAAGUACAAAAGGAACAUUGAUACGUAUCUGGGAUACUAUUCGUAAAACUAAAAUAGCUGAACUAAGACGUGGUUCAGAUCCAGCAACUUUAUAUUGGUAUGUUAUUUUAUUUUAUUUUUUGGUAAUAUGAUUUUGAAGUAAAAGUUUGUUUAUAUAAUGCACUUCAUGUCAUACUACUUGUAUUAACCUAGUUUUGAAGAUAUUUCUUAUGCCCAGGAAUGGUAGGAAUAAAAAUUAGUUUAUUGCCUGUGUUAUGAAUAUAAAAUAUAAAUAAUUAAAAUGUAUGUAUUUAAGAAUAAUACCUAUCAAAAAGUUAAUUAUUCAUAAUAAUAGUAUAUAUUACCUCAUUAAAAUAUAUUAGAUUUAAAUUUUAGAUCUACAAUAUAUAAAGUUUAAUGGAAUUUUUGGAACAUUUAAAGGGGAUACCCUGUCCUACCAUAAAAAUAAAAUAACAAGUGUCAAAUGAUAUAUACAAUAUUUACGAUAUUAGUAAUCUAAGUGAUUAGUGGGUAUAAAUUCAGUUGUUUUGUACCCCUUUAUUCACCAUAUUACACAAGGUUUGUGUUUGGGGUGAACAAGUUUGAAAAGUCAACACAUACAUCUUUUAUAAUAUACUUAUUAUAGACUAUUGCUAAUUAAAUACUAAAUAAAUUAAGUAGAAAAAAAAAUAUGAUACAUCAUAAUAAGGAAAAUAACUACUAUAAAUUAAAAUUAUUAUCUAAGGUACACAAUAAUUAUUUAACAUUGAUUUAGUUUGAAAUCUAGUAAUACAUUUUAUACAAAUCAAUUCCUAAAUUAACCAUAUUGAAUUUCCUAAAUUUUUAUUAACUUUUAUGUAAGUUAAAUUACUUCUAGUUUUUAAGGAAGUAUUUUGUAAAAAUGGUGUGGCUUAAAUAUUUCCACUUCAAUUUUAAAUAGAUUUAAUAUUACUUUUUUAUAAAAAGAACUUUUAAAUUUAACACUUUAUGAUCAUAAAACUGGUACAACCUAUACUUGAGCAGAAUAAUUUUAAUUGAUACAGGCACUAUAGUUUCUAAAUUAAGUACUGUAAGUUCCUGCCCCAGACUUCUAUACCAUAACUAAAUAUUGAUUGCGCAACUAUUUUGUAUAGUAAAAGAUUAAAAAUAUUCCUUGGAUUUUUAAAAAUAUAAAAAAGUGCUGAUUGAGAUAGUUAUAUACUGUAUGUGAUUAAACCAUUUAAAUUUUUCAUCAACUGUUACCUUAAAUACUUAAUUAAACCAACAUUUUGAAUGCCUAAAUAAUGAAUAAUUAUCUGCCUCUUAACAGUCAAAGCUAUGAACCAUUUUAGGUUCCAAAAAAUUAAGAGUUAUAUUUGGCAUAUGGAAAUAUAUAUAAAAUAAAAUAAUUUUUAAACAUAUUAAAUAAUUACAGAAUCAAAAAAAAAAUUAGUUUAUACUAUUUGAAUUUAAUUUAUAAAAUUAUUUAUUUUUAUAAGUAUACAGGUAUCCCACGAGUAUUUGACAAAUGCAAUAACUUUUGUUCUAUUCAAUAUUUUUGAUAAAUAUUUUUUUAAAUAAAUAAUAUACUUCAAUGCUACUAUUUAUAUAUGAACUUUUUUUUAGGGGUAGGGGGACUUGAAAUAAAAAAUUCAAAAUGGUCAUUUUGUAAAAUACAUAUUUAGAAAUAUUUUUGUGGUUGAUACAUUUGUUAAAGUACGUUUUUUCAUUGUCUACAAAUUUUUUGAAGUUUUUGCAAAUGUGAAUAUUACAAUAUUUUGUAGUUGUUUUUUGAUUUUGCAAUUUAGUUUUUUUCAAUAAUUGAAUAAACCGAGAAAAAAUAACGUAGAAAGAAUUGGAAAAUUUACGAUAAUAAUGAUUUUGUUGUUUUUUUUUACUGUUAAUUAAUUGAAAAUAUUUAUAGAGACUUGAAAUUUUAACAAUAACUUAUAUUUGCUUUUUCUAGACGUAGUACAAUUUGCUAGUACAUUAUUUAAUGAGAAAAAUGAAUAUACCAUGAUAAAUGAUAGGUCAUUAAUAGGUUAUUAACAAUACGAAAUAUCAUAAUUAUGGAAAACCAGUUAGUUUUGAAACAGUACACAUUCAAUCACGACUAUAAUUAUACUGUUACCAUAUGGUCACACACGGCCUUAUCAAAUUUUGACGAAAAUACGAAAAUCCUAAAUAUUUCGGUCUUUCAUAAAAUGUAUAUUAAGGUAUAACCGAAUUUUGUUCUAAAAUCUGAAUUGUUUUUCGUUGAUAAUUGUUUAUUGUUGCGUACUGAUGUAUUAAUUAAUUUUCCCUAUAUAUCCCUUUAACCGAAGUAAAAAAAAAAAAAACUAUUUUAAAAAGCAUGUAUCAAAGUUAUAUAAUUUGCCUACAUAUGCAUACAAAUGGGCAAUGGACAGUGCUACGAAUGCCUAUGAUGCCACCAUAUUGUUUAAAUAAAUUUAUGUAUUACGUGUGUGACUAAUAGUUAUAAAUAUUAUACUCGUGGUAUAAAGAGCUUGAAUUUGUCAUUUUAUCUUAUGAAAAUAUAUAAUAAUAUGCUUCGAUUUUUUUUUUUUUUUAUUAAAAAAAAUAAUAUUUACAAUGCUUCGAGGCAUAAUACGCAAAUCUGACAACAUUUAUGUAUACAUAAAGAACAGCAUACAGCUGUGACACAUAUGAGGAGGGAGGCCAUCCAUUGAUAGAACCCAACAUUAUUUAUUUCGUUAUAAUCAACCAGCAGGUCACGACAUCAUUUUCUUUGGAGUCGUCGAGUGGGAUUACCAGGAAGUGAAUGGUUUCCGAUUUGAUUAUAUACAAAUACAGUUUAGUUCCACUGUUCGUAUUUCAAUUUAUUUUUUAAUAAAACGGUUUUCUCCGUUACCCUACUAAUGGGGGUUUAUUUUUGAUUUUUUCGUUUUUAUGGUUUUAUAAAUCCAAUAUGAACUAGCAAAAGUGAGCUUAUGGAGGUCUCUCGUUUUGAAGAAUAUAAAUAAAAAAAAGCCACUGUACUAAAAUGAAAUUGUUACAUUGUUUGUUCUCCGUAUUAUUUAUAGUGAUUUAUUUAUAAUUGUCAAAUAACCCCGAGAAUAACCUAUAACUUUUAUAGUAAUAGUUUUAAUUUUUAGUAAAUUUCAGAAGAGCGAAAAUUUGUUCAAAUUUGUUUUAAAAUUUAGUGCCUUAGAAUACGCAUUUUGAAGGGAAAAAAAAUUAGUGUCUGAUUAAGUAGAAAUGUUCCCGUUGUAUUCAGCUGCAGUGUCUAAUGAUCCUUAUAUCACCAGUGGCAACUAACAACAUUCGGUCCCGUGGGGCGUAAAUGCGUAAUGAUUUCUAAUUCCGUUAUAGCUUAUCGAUGACUAAUCUGGGGGUCUAUUCUAUUAAUGCGUAAUAAUUUUGCCAAUAAAAUAUUAAUGCGCAAAUUGAAUGUUAUCACGCGCUGUUAACGUUCAAAACUACAGGUUUUUCUUAUCGUUUUCGGCGUGAUUUACGAUUACGUACUAAUUGUUGUAAUCGACCGGAGCGUUCAAAUACAGAAAUGUACCGCUCAUAAUACGCAUGCGCAUUGCGCUUUCGUGCGUGUAACGUAGAUAAUAUGUUGAUUAUCAGCGGCAAAUUAAAAUUUUGAAUAAAUAUGUUUAAUAAACGUAAAAUAAAGUCUGAUUUAAGCAAAUAUUACUAUAUACUAUGAAUAAACUCGGAAUAUUCCUGUAAUAUAAUUAAAUUGUAAAAUGUCCUUAUUGAUCGACACGCCACGUUGAGAAUUUCAAUGAUCAAUCAAUAGUUAUUAUUAUUUUCUUUUUUUCAAUAAUAAUAUUUUCUACCUUAUUGACAUUUUUUUCAAAAAGGUUUUGUUAUGAAUAUCACAAGGAAAAUCCAUUUGAAAAAAGAAAUAAGUCGUGAAUUUCACUGAAUUAUACGCUAUUUAAUACUGAUCGAAUUUAGUAUAAUAUCAUCAGUAAACAUCCAGAAAUUAGUACUAUUUUAUUUUCAUAUCUUGUUUCAAUCUAUAUAUUAAAAUAGAACGUGUCUAAAUUUCGAUGUCAUGCCAGUGUUAUAGAUACAAUGCAAUUUACCAAACCCCUUAAAUUAAAUAAACAUCAUAAAUAUACCUUAAAACCUGUUUUGGGCAAGAGUUGGUAAGUUUUGAAUACAAUACCAUAUUUAUUCAAAAUUUUAGUUUUGCAGCUAGGCAAUAAACAUGUCAUUUACGUUAUUCGCAUAAAGCGCAUUACUGUAUUUAAACGCUCCUGAAUCGACCCCUGGUGUUUAUCAUGGUUGUCAUAAACGAACAAUUUUGUGAAAAAAUUAAUUUUAUGUCAAAAUAUAACAAUUAAAAAUUUGCAGAUGCGAUGUGUAAAUUGUUUAAUUUUAAAAUGUCACCUGACUAGAGUCAGCACAAUAUUAUUGCGAUUCUUAUUCAAAAACUAUUGUAAUAAUUCCCACCCCCUUCAACUGUUUAGACCAAUAGAGUGCUAAAUUGUAAACAUAUAAAGUAUUUUAAAUACUUUGUCAAAUUUAUUAAUUUUCAUAGAUAAUACUGAUGAAUUGUAAACUUAAUAGCCUUUAAAAACAUAAAUAUAAUGUACAAAUAUUGUGAUAUUCUUGAUGUAAUAAUAAGUAAUCUAAAUUUGUAUGUAUUAUUCAUUUUAUGAGGUAAUUAUAUUAUAAUAUUUGUUAUCUGAGAUUAGAGGUCAAUUUAACCAAUUAUUAUGAUUAUAUGGAGGUAAAUUGGCCCUUUUAAACAUGUGAUUGAAGAUGCUUAAAGAGUAGCAGAUUAAAUUUAAAAUUUGUUUCAUGAUUCAGAGAACCACAAUUUAAAAUUCCAUUUUGCUAUGUGUUUUUGUAGAUUUUUACCAAUUUGUAUUUUUAAUGAAAUCUCCCUUUGAUAAAAAGUAUCGCAGCAAAUGAAUUACGUCCUAAGAUCCUUUUUUCAUAUGAAUUGCGUUCCAACGUCAUACAUUAUUUCCUAUUGAGUUAGGACUGCCAACAGUAAUUUAUUGUUAGGUUAAAUUUUUCGAAAUUUCAUUAAAUCGAUUUUAGCCGUUGUUUAUUAAUUAAAAUAUUUAAUUUUAGAUUAUUACUCAGUAUUUGUCUAUUAAAUAAUACUGCACAAUCUUUAAUAUGAUUAUGAUCAUUUGCACGUACUAUAACGUUCUAUUUUUAUCAUUUGGUUUAAUAUAUAACAUGUAACUAAAACGUUUUUUAUUUUAACAGCAAUUUCAACGUUGAAUAUUAUUCUUUAAUAUUUUAUGGUUAACACAAUUUGUAUCCAUUUAUACAAAAUAAAGCUUUAUUUUUUUUUUUUUUUACUUAAAAUCACGUCAAUGUUAUUGCAAACAACAUCGUAUUUUAUACGAAUUAUACAAGUACAACGUUAUUAUAAUAAUAUAAACGAACUAUGUCUACUAAAAGAAUAAUCUGUAUAAAACUUGGGAUAUAAUUGAAAAGUGUAAUAUAUAUAUAUAAAAAUAUAAUUUGCAGAUAGAACAGACGCAAUUUCGUGUGCAGCCAAAAAUUUAAAAUGCUCAAAUAGUCUCCUAAAAACCACUUAAUAUUCAACCAUCAUAAAUAAUAAAAAUUUAAUACAGACAUUAGAUUUUGUAUUGUUAAAUAAGAAACCUGUCAGGUACAUAUUAUUGUAGUAUUCUGUUAUAAUUUUAAUUGUGUUCUUAUCAACUAUUUUUUUUUAUCAUCAGGGGUACAAUUAUUUUCAAAUAAUUAUAAAUAAAAAUAUAUUAUUUUUCUUGCACAAAUAAUAAUAAUAAUAUAUAUUUAAAGUGCAUAUUUAUUAAAUUUGAAAUGCUAUAAAAUCCCAUAUGUGAUUAUGAACAUAUUAAGUAUUAAUCAAGUAGUAUUGGAUUGAUAGAGAGAGUAGUAAUCUAUUUUUUUUUUAUGAAAAAAUAGUUCACCUAACCUAGCUGUUCCCGCACUUGUGUUUUAAUAUGAGUACUGUGUAUAAUAUUAGUUUUUUUUUUUUUAUUACAACCCCUCAAUAUUCACUGUCCCAAAUAUGUAUAGGUAAUUAGGUUAUAAAACUCUGUAGUUUUGAUUUAGGUUCAGUUGCAUAGAGUCCAAGGUAAAAUAAUUUUUAUAGUAAAUAGUGAUAUUAAUCACGAUUAUAUAAAAAACCAUAAUAAUGCAUUUUAAAGUUAACACAAUUUUUGUGUUAUAUGAAUGUUAUCCCUUAUUUACUUAUAUUUUGUUAAAACUAUCUAUUAAGAAAUAAAAUCAAUUUAGUAUUUUGAAAUUCAAAUAUUAGUGUUUUUGAGAGUUAUUUGUGACUCUUAAAUAUUGUUUUUUCUUUACAGCAUAAACUUCAGUCCUAAUUCAGAAUUUUUAUGCUGUUCAAGUGACAAGGGCACAGUUCAUAUAUUUGCUCUGAAAGAUACAGAUUUAAAUCGCAAGUCUAGUCUAUCAACAUUAAGUUUUUUUAGCUCUUAUGUUGAAUCACAAUGGGCUCUUGCAAAUUUUACAGUACCUCCUGAAAUGCCUUGUAUUUGUGCAUUUUUGUCUCAAGAUGUUGUUAUUGGUAAUAUAAUACAUGCUGUUUUUUAAACUCUUAAAUUCUUGGUGACUUAAAAUAUACGUUGUGUAUAAAUUAUUAUAAGUCUACUUAAUUAAUGGAUAAAGUUCUGAAGAAAACAAAGCUCAAUAAAGUACUUGAUCUUAUGUUACAGCUGUCUGCCUUGAUGGUAGUUACCACCAAUAUUCUUUUACAAAAGAUGGAACUUGCAGACGUAGAACAUAUAGCAUAUAUUUACAUGAUUGUGAGGAUGAAGACAUAUAA